GACAUAUGGCAGAAAAAAAUAGAAUACUUGUAAUAAUCUAUUAACUCUGACAUAAGCAUAAGCCCAGUGAAUGACAACACAUAUUAAAUCUGAAUUGUAAUGGCUUGUAGCAUAGUAAACUUCUGUAUAUUUUUAAUAUUUUUCAAUAUAUUUUAUUUUACUAAUAGCCAGAAAACUGUUAUAGAACUUGAUGAGGAUAACUGGAAUGAAAUUUUAAAUGGCGAAUGGCUGGUAGAGUUUUAUGCUCCAUGGUGUCCCGCAUGUAAAGCAUUAGAACAAAAAUGGAGAGAAUUUGCUCAGUUGGGUCCUGGCUUAGGUAUAAAAAUUGGUGCUGUUGAUGUUACUACCUCCCCAGGGCUAAGUGGCAGAUUUAUGGUUACUGCCUUGCCUACAAUAUUUCAUGUAAUAAAUGGCCAAUUUCGACAAUAUAAAGGCUCAAGAGACAUAAAUGCAUUCACUUCUUUCAUUGAAGACAAAAAAUGGGAGGUAGUAGAACCAGUUUCUAGCUGGAAAUCACCAAAUUCUAUUCAAAUGGGCAUUGUCUCUUCUUUUUUCAAGCUUUCACAACUUUUGAGACAAAUUCAUAAUAAAUUGACGGAAGAAUAUGGAUUACCCAGUGUGGGAUCAUAUCUAAUUUUUGCUAUAGCUACAAUUAUUUUAGGAGCUUUACUGGGCUUGAUUUUGGUAUGUGCAAUAGACCUUAUAUUCCCUCCAAAACACACAACUACACCAACAAAAUGGAACAAGAAGGAUGAUAAGGAUAGUGAUAAUGAAUUGAAUGAUGAAGAUAUUAAAGAUGAUCUUGUUGAUGAUGCUAGUCAGUCGGGCGAUGGAGAUGCUCAGAAUUCUGGAACUGAUUCUGAAAAUCAAAAUUCUGCUGAAAAAAAUAGUACAAAACCAAAAAAACGCAGAAACAGAAAGGACAUGUGAUCUGAAUGCCUUUAUAUCGACUAUUAAGAAUAAUUUGGUACUGACCCGUUAAUUUGAGUAACAAACCGAUUAUUUUUGUUUUGAACAGAUAUUGCAAUGUAUCUGUCAUGAAAAGGACUGAAUAUAACAUGUUUGGAACAUCGAGAGGUUGAUAAAUAUCAAAAAUUAAGGAUGAAUCAACAAUAAAAGUUUGGUAAUGUGAUAUGCAAAUUGAUAAAUUUAUUUAAAUAUAACUCUACAAAGAAAUAUUUCUUCAUAAUAUCUUUUCAUAUUAUUUAUAUCCAAAAAUGUGUUUCACAAACCUGUUGAUUCAUCCAUUUAUUUAUUUAUUUUUUGAUUGAUUAUUUUCGGUGUUCUGUUUCAUUCCAAAUGGUUGUGUGGAUAUUAAAACUUUCUUUAUAUCUUGUGUAUAAUUUUUUAGGACUGUACAGUUUUUUAAAUUAGAUAGAUUUAUAAGUGCAAGUUCUUCACUGCGGAAAGUACAUACUAAUAAGCAUUAUUGCAAGCAACAUUUAAAUGAUUAUUAAAUGCUUUCAUAGAUUAUUCAAAUUCUCAUAAAUUUUUGCAGUGGAUAUUGAUAAUCAAAAUAUACUUUUUAUAACUAAAUUUGAUAAUUAUUUUUUGAAUAAAACAGUUAUUAAUCCAAA